AUGGGGCUGCUGGGAAGGGUCACCCUCGAGGUCCGUCUCGGACACCAGGUGUGCACCCAGGAAUUCUAUGUCUCGAGUGUGUUGUGCCAUGAGUGUAUCGCAGGUACAGACCUCCUGGAAAAGCUGGGGCUCAACGUGCAGCCCCGCCAGCGAUGCGCCACCGUGGAAGGCAGUGUGAAGCGGAUUCCGUUCCUGGGACAAGAGCCGAAUCGCCCCCGCUUCACACCCGUGGCCGCCUCCCUGGUGUCGGCCGUCACCAUCGGGCCGCUCACCGAGAUGCUGCUGCCAGUGGCAACACCCUCCACCGACCCCACACACCGACCAUCGGGCGAGAGUGCAGUAUGCGCCGCAGAGACCCCUGCAGAAGGAGCAAGGGACCCGACGGACCACCCCACCCUGACCGGGCGGAUCCAAGAGGACGUCGGCUGCGCAUUCCCGGGCUUGAAUGACGAGCAGCUGAGACGGACCCAGCAGCGGGAUCCGGAUCUGGCGGCGGUGGAAGCGGACCUACGGGAGAAGAAGGACGCCCUACCAGGACCCUGGAGUGGUUUGUACGCCCGGUUGUGUGUGCAGAACGGGGUGGUAUGGGAGCUAACCGAGGCCGGCCAGCCGGGGUGCAUCUGUGUUCCCGCCCAGGUGCGACCUCAGCUGCUACGGCUGGUGCACGACAACCCGCUCAGAAGCCAUAAUCGAGAACGGCGUACCCGGGAGAUCCUACGUCGCCAGUAUCUCUGGCCCAAAUUGACAUAAGAUGUGGCCGCCUGGGUACAGGGCUGCCGCGCUUGUCAGCAGUGCGUGCCGAAACCGGCGCGAUACCAGGUGCCCCCGAGACCGUUCCGCAUCAGUCGGAUGAACCAGCUUGUCGGGAUCGACCUACAGGAACCGUUCCCGCGAUCCCAUCGGGGCAACUGGUAUAUCCUCGUAGCGGUGGAAUACUUCACCCGCUAUCCCAUGGCGGUGGCCAUCCCCGAUAAGACGGCCCUUGUGGUGUCCCAGGCAUUAGUGGAGCACUACGUACUUAAGCACGAGAUCCCCAAAAGGGUCAUUGCCGACCAAGGCAGUGAGUUUGAGGCAGAGCUGUUUCAGGCGCUGUGCCGCGAGUUCAGAAUCCAGAAGGACCGAACAACGGCGUACCACCCCCAGGCGAAUGGGAUGGUGGAGCAUAUGAACCAGACCCUAGCCGGGAAGCUCAAACGCAUGGCGGCCGCAAAUCAGUACGACUGGGACGAACACCUCCCCUAUGCCCUGUUCGCCUACGCCACCACCGUACACACGUCUACAGGACAGACCCCGUUCCUAAUGAUGUUUGGCCGUGAGUCUCGUCUACCCGCAGAUCUGCUGUUCGGCGUUCCCCCACCGCAACAGGAGGAGGGGAGCCGCCCCGUGGAGCACCUGAUGGAGACUCUGCGAGGGGCCCGGGACCAGGCCUACCCGCAAGGAGAGGCCGCGCAUCGGCGGCAAGAGCAGGGCGGCCGACCCCGUAUGGAGCCCCCCUUCUACUCGGCAGGCUCUAAGGUGUGGCUACACACCCCUCACGUUGGGACCGGACAGGUGGGGAAACUGACCACCUACUGGCGCAGACCCUGGACCGUGGGGCGACAGAUCUCCCCCUGGAUGGUGCUGAUUCAAGGCGGAGAGAGGGGCCAAGAGAUGGUGGUCAUCAUCCGCCGAUUGAAACCAUGGAGGGCAGCCCCAGCGAGGGAGAACCCCGCCGUUCGGGUAACCCGAAAUCCCGGGGUCCCCACACCCCCAUGCUCAGAGGCCUCGCACGGUAUAUGAGCCCCACGGGGCUCCGGGCCCCGAGGGGUCACGGCCCGGGCCGGGGGGGGGCGGGAACGACGGCCCUUAAAACCUGCUGCCUCUGAGUUUGUUCCCCAGCCCGCAGGUGCCGAGGGACGAGAAGAGCCGUUGGAGUGGAGGAGGAGACCACCACCGGAACCCCAGGAGACAGAGCCACCACUCCCGAGGCCGGCCACGAGGGCCGGGCGAGUCCCGCGGACCCCGCGGCGCUACCUCGUGGGGGCAACCCAGGCGAGGUGCUCCAGUCAACCCGGGACGGGGACUGGCACCUCGAGGGGCUAUGUGGUGCUACAGCAGCGAAGCCGCUCCGUCAACUGUGAUGCCACAGCAGCGAAGCCGUCCUGCCGACUCUGGCCACGACGCCGCCACCUCCGAGCAACGGGGCCGACCCUGCUCUUCCCUCACCACCCCCCACAUGAACACAAACACACCCCCACAUAGAGCCCUGAGGGGAGGUCACCUGGCCGACAGGUUUUCACCCAGAAGCCCUCUCAUGGGACCAAACUUCACGAUUUCCUGCGACCAGGGAAUUGGGCGACCUCCCCCGAGGCUAACGUGCACCGCGGCACCUUGACUUGGGUUGUAAUUACAUGGUCACGACGGGGCUGCUGAGCCACCGUGGAUAGAAAACACCCACAAUACACACGGGUCAGCAGGCAGGUAGGGGGGUACGGAGUCACAAACGGCGGGAAAAACAGGGCCGGUCCUCUGAUUGGUAGGACAGAUGUGCUUGUUUAGAGGGUGAAAAGCGGACGUCUGAGAGAGCACCGGUCCGGGGAGAGUGGCGGGAAAUCCGAGCCACCUAAUUGGACGGGAGGCCAGCGGAUCAGCGCCGAUUUAUCUUUGAUGUAGGGUACAAUAAAAAGGGUAGAAGAGGUAGAGAGAGUUAGUUCGUGUUCUACUCAAGCCAGCGCUCGGGGCGGUCGACUUCCCAGCCACUCGAACGUCCGUGUGAUGAGUCGAAGUGCACCGAGGAUCCGACCCAGCAGCUCCGUACGAGUCGAACCGUGAGUACCCGAGAGUGAGAUAUUGAGGCCAUUGGGAGAUUGUCUUAGGAGAGUGAUUUGAAAGAGACGAUACGAAUCAGGUCUUAGACCAUCGGGAGAUAGGUUAGACCUGCCCUGCUGACUCAAACUUACUCGGGUAAUUUAACCUUGGACUCACUGAGAAUAAACUGCUGGGGAUCAAUAAA